UCGGCCCGGCCUGGCCCGGCACCGCGCUCCCGCCGCCCGCCCGCACAGGCGGCUGCGCGCCGCGCCCUGAAAGCCCUUCCGCUUUUCGUUUUCUCCGGAUUUUUGCGUGCUCUCCCCCGCCGUGCCGGGCAGCAUGGGGCUGCCGGCGCUGGAGUUCAGCGAGUGCUGCCUGGACAGUCCGCAGUUCCGGGAGCGGCUGCGCUCCCACGAGGCCGAGCUGGACAAAACCAACAAGUUCAUCAAGGAGCUCAUCAAGGACGGGAAGUCGCUCGUCGCCGCCCUGAAGAACCUGUCGGCUGCCAAGCGCAAGUUCGCGGAUUCCCUCAAUGAGUUUAAAUUUCGCUGCAUCGGCGACGCUGAGACGGAUGACGAGAUCUGCAUAGCCAAGUCUCUGCAGGAGUUCGCCACAGUGCUGCGGAACCUGGAGGACGAGCGGAUGCGCAUGAUCGAGAACGCCAGCGAGGUGCUGAUCACGCCGCUGGAGAAGUUCCGCAAGGAGCAGAUCGGGGCUGCCAAGGAUGCUAAAAAGAAAUACGACAAGGAGACAGAGAAAUACUGUGGUGUCCUAGAAAAGCACUUGAACUUGUCUUCCAAGAAGAAAGAAUCCCAGCUUCAGGAGGCAGACAGCCAGGUGGACCUGGUUCGGCAGCACUUCUACGAGGUCUCCCUGGAAUACGUCUUCAAGGUGCAGGAGGUCCAGGAGAGGAAGAUGUUUGAGUUUGUGGAACCUCUGCUGGCCUUUCUGCAGGGGCUGUUCACAUUCUACCACCACGGCUACGAGCUCGCUAAGGACUUCAGCGAUUUCAAGACAGAGCUGACAAUCAGCAUCCAGAACACAAGAAACCGCUUUGAAGGAACGAGGUCAGAGGUUGAAGCUUUGAUGAAGAAGAUGAAGGAGAAUCCUCACGAGCACAAGAACAUCAGCCCUUACACGAUGGAGGGGUAUCUCUACGUGCAGGAGAAGCGUCACUUUGGGACCUCCUGGGUGAAGCAUUACUGCACCUACCAGCGGGAAUCCAAGCGCAUCACGAUGGUGCCCUUUGACCAGAAGUCAGGAGGAAAAGGGGGGGAAGAUGAAGCUGUCACCCUGAAAUCCUGCACACGGCGGAAGACAGACUCCAUUGAGAAGAGGUUCUGCUUUGAUGUGGAGGCUGUGGAUCGGCCCGGCGUCAUCACCAUGCAGGCACUUUCGGAGGAGGACCGGAGGCUGUGGAUGGAGGCGAUGGACGGCCGGGAGCCGGUGUACAACUCGAACAAGGACAGCCAGAGCGAAGGCACUGCCCAGCUGGACAGCAUCGGCUUCAGCAUCAUCAAGAAGUGCAUCCACGCUGUGGAAACAAGAGGGAUCAAUGAGCAGGGGCUCUACCGGAUUGUCGGGGUGAACUCCAGAGUUCAAAAGCUGCUGAGUAUAUUAAUGGAUCCCAAAACAGCCACAGAGGCAGACACAGAGAUCUGUGCAGAGUGGGAGAUCAAGACCAUUACUAGUGCACUGAAAACGUACCUGAGAAUGCUCCCAGGGCCCCUCAUGAUGUACCAGUUUCAAAGGAGCUUCAUCAAAGCAGCGAAACUGGAGAAUCAGGAGUCCAGGGUGUCAGAGAUCCACAGCCUCGUCCAUCGGCUCCCGGAGAAAAACAGGCAGAUGCUGCACUUGCUCAUGAACCAUUUGGCAAAAGUUGCAGAUAAUCACAAGCAGAACCUGAUGACUGUUGCUAAUCUGGGUGUGGUGUUUGGGCCAACACUGCUUCGACCUCAAGAGGAAACAGUCGCUGCCAUUAUGGACAUCAAAUUCCAGAACAUUGUGAUUGAAAUUUUAAUAGAAAACCAUGAGAAGAUAUUUAACACGGUGCCGGAGGCUCCAGCGUCGAACUCGCAGCUGCUGUUAUCCCGCAAGAAGAGCACGGAGUCGAAGCCUCCCUCGUGCAGCGAGCGGCCGCUGACGCUAUUCCACACGGCCCAGCCCAACGAGAAGCAGGAGAACAGGAACAGCAUCAUCAACUCCAGCCUGGAAUCUGUCAUCUCUUCAAACGUAAACAGCUUCCUCAACUCCAACAGUGCUCCCCAGCCCAGCCUGAACUCGAGUGAUCUUGAACUAGAAGUAAUUAAGCCCAACAGGCCAAAUUCCCUCCCUCAGAAUCCAAGCCCAACGUCACCCCUCUCACCGUCCUGGCCCAUGUUCUCUGCGCCAUCAAGCCCUAUGCCCACCUCCUCUACGUCCAGCGACUCAUCCCCCAUCAGGUAAGAAGUGUCCUGCGAGGAGUAAAGAGCCUUUGGAAAGCACUGCCAUCCCUGGUGUUCUGGCCACAGCCUCGUCUGGGAUCCCAGGAGGGUAAUGGACACAGGGCAGCACAGGCUGCUCGGUGCCCAGGCCGCAGGGCUUGGGCAUCGCUGGAGCAAAUCAUUCCUGGGAGCUGCAGAUGAACCAGCACAGGAUUCCCAGCCACUCCUGAGCAGCGGGUCAGGCUGAGCUGUGCCAGCCCCGUGGGGUCCCCCUGUGCCCUGGGGUGCCUGGCACCGGAGCAGGCACUGCCCAGGGGUCCUGUGCCCUUGGCACUGGGGAUGCCAUCGUGCCAUGAGUGCACCGUGAGCCUGAAAACACCUUUUGUUUUUCAUCUGAUGGUCUCAAGUGCUCCGCUUGAGCGGUGCCUCCCUUGCAGUGAAGGACCCUCUGGAGUGGGAGGAUUGUUUGCCUAUCCUGGUCUUUAAGUGUUUGGGAGCUGCUCGUGUCAGGCAGCUGGAAUUUGGAGAGGAGAGACCUCCAUUUUGGGGCUCUCUUCACAGCAAAGCCAAAACAUUCGCAGCUCCCAAGUUUGGAGUUUGGUGUGAAGGGGAACUGCUCUUGCCAUGAAGUGUUGUGGCUUCCCUGGGCUCUUCUGAGGAUCUCAGGGGAGCUUCAAGUCCUCAGAAAGAUAAAAAUCGGUAAAAUCACUGAUCUGAGAAUGGUGACACCUUGUUUCCCAUGCCAGCAGCUUCUGGGGGCACUUCAUCACUUCCCCUGGCAGUGCCACAGCUGAGCAGCAGUGCAGGAUGUGGCCUGCUGCUCGAGUGGCCCAGAGCCUGGCUAGGUUGGCCCUGUCACCACAGCCUGGCAGUGUCCCAGCUUUCCACCAGCCCUGCUCCAGCCUAAAGCUGGGAAGGAUGGGUGGGGAUUCCAGGUGCAGGGGCAGCUCUGUGUGCCUGUGCUGUGCCUGAGGAGCCCUGAGGUCCCUCAUUUUCCCCUCUCUGUUGGCAGUUUGCACCAUUCCUGGCUCUCCCUGCUCCGAUUCCCUCCCCUGCAGCGUGGGCGCACUGACACUUCAGCAAAAUCCAAUGGCUGUUAAAUCUUUGUUACCUUCAGGUACAGGCUCUGAAGAAGUGCAGCAAAUUCUUCACGGACCUGCUUGAUUUUCUGUUUUGGAAUAACCUUUCUCAAGUGCUAAUUCUUCCUUGUGAAGUUCUUCUUGUGGUUGCAGCUGCACUUGGAUGGGUUUGGCAGAGCGGGGCAGGUGGCAGUGGGUCACUGCCAGCACCUGCUGCCACCUUUACUCUGUGCCAACCUCUGGUCAGGGAUGGCCCCUCAGAUACAGAACAUUCCAGCUCCAGCCUAGAGCCUGGAGCUGUCCUGGGGACCCCUGGCUUGGGCUGGUGCUGUUCGGGCACCAGUGUGGGCUCCAGUCCAGGUGGUGCCAGCUGGGCUCAGAGUGGGAUUUGCAUUGUGGUGAAACGUGGCUCAUCCCCGAGAGCCUUCAGCCUCUGCCGGUGUCUCCCUCCCUCUCCCUGAGCAGCGUAGCCGCAGACCCCAGCAGAGCAGCAGCCCCCAUCAGCCCGGGGCAGGGGUGUGUGGGUGGCUCUGUGCCCACACGUGGCCUCUC